GAUACUGUUGAUUUUAGUUUGCCUGAUUUGGGAACAAACCGAAGCUCUACCAACUCUGUCUCAGGCUACAGAAGAAGAUGAACCACCUUAUUCUACUUUUCUCAUUUUUCUUGGCUCCAGCAUUUGCUGACAAAGAAAGUCAGAAAACAAACCAAAACUUUUCUUCAAAAAAUGCCAGUCAUAAACGACUGAAGAGAGACUGGAUAUGGAAUCAAAUGCAUAUCAAAGAAGAGAUUGAUACACCAUUACCACACCAUGUUGGCAAGAUCACAUCAAGUGUAAGGAACAACAACGCUAAGUAUAUUAUUGAAGGUGAAUAUGCCAACACCAUUUUUAAAGUGGAAGAAACCAGUGGUGAUGUAUAUGCAUUUGAGAGGCUAGACAGAGAAAAGAAAGCAGAGUAUGAGCUGACAGCUCUCAUUAUUGACCGAAGAAACAACCAGUCACUGGAACCCCCAUCUAAAUUCAUUAUCAAGGUUUACGAUAUUAAUGACAACGUCCCUGUAUUUGUACAAAAAGUAUUCAAUGGAUCUGUCCCAGAAAUGUCACCAGUAGGAACCUCGGUCACCAAAGUGACAGCUGUAGAUGCUGAUGACCCAACAGUUACAGGUCAUGCCACAGUUACCUACCAAGUCAUUAAAGGACACGAAUACUUCACAGUUGAUGACUCUGGUGUGAUUUCUACAACAAGGGCUGAUUUAGACAGAGAGAAUCAAUCAACAUAUGAAAUUAUUGUUAAAGCAAAAGAUGCUCCAGGGUCUUCUGGGGAUUCAAGCACAGCUACAGUCGUUAUCACUUUAACUGACAUCAAUGACAACUUCCCAGUAUUCAAACACC